UUUCUUUUUAAGAAGUAAUUUACUAAAUCAAGUCUCUUUAAACUAUUAAUAUGCGUUUCUCAUUUACUGCUACUGUUGUUGGCGUUGCCGCCCUUGUCUCAUCUGUUACUGCCGAUUUAUACAAACGUCUUGAUUUGAAUAAUAGUGCUAUUUUGUUUGUUGAUCAUCAAACUGGUCUCUUCAACGUGGUUCAAGAUUAUGCUCCUGAUGUUUUUCUUAAUAACGUAAUGGGUCUUGCUGAAGCUGCUAAAUACUUUGAUCUUCCUAUUGUUCUCACUACAUCUCGUGAGGAUGGACCUAAUGGACCUUUGCUUCCUGAACUCAAAAGCCUUUUCCCUAAUACUCCUAUAAUCGCUCGUCCUGGUCAAAUUAAUGCCUGGGAUAAUGAGGAUUUCGUUAAGGCUGUCAAAAAGACCGGUAAGAAGCAAUUGAUUAUUUCUGGUAUUGUUACCGAUGUUUGUGUUUCCUUUGUCUCCCUUUCUGCUAAAAAGGCUGGUUAUGAGGUAUUUGUGGUUACUGAUGCAUCUGGUACUUUCAGUGAAGCUGUUCGUGAUGCUUCUUGGUUAAGAAUGCAACAAGGUGGUGUUCAACUCUUGAACUAUUUCAGUGUUGUUCUUGAAUUAGCUCGUGACUGGCGUAUUGAUCUCGAAGGUAUUGCAGCUUUGUUUGCUAAGCGUUUACCCUCUUAUGCUCGUGUCAUGGAAUCUUACAACGGUGCUGUUAAAGUUGCUUCCUCUUAAAUUAUACCAUAAAUUAGCAAGAAAAUAAAAAUGGGAAUAAUAUAAUAGAAAUAAUUAGAAAAACGUCAAAUAAACAUAAUAUAAAAAAAAACAUUUUGUAUCCUUUCUUGUAUGCA